AUGGCUGAAAGCCCCAGUAAAGUCCUCGAGGGCAUCUUCGCGAUCAGCAAACCCCCAAACUUGUCCUCUGCUCAAGUUUUACGUGAUCUACAACACACCUUUGCAGAGUCCAAGGUAUUCGCUCCACUGUUGGCUGAAACCCAGAGGAUGCGAGUGCGAAAUGACAACACGAGGAGGAGACGCAUCAGUACGGACAAUAUAUUCAAGAUGGGCCAUGGCGGUACCCUAGAUCCCAUGGCCACAGGAAUCCUGAUUGUUGGCAUUGGCAGGGGCACCAAGCAUCUCUCAGAGUUCUUGGAAUGCAAGAAAACCUAUGAGACCGUGGCACUGUUUGGAAAAAGUACCACCUCUUAUGAUGUGGCUGGAAAGGUGGUCGCGGAAGCUUCUACCGAUGUUAUCACCAAGCAGACCGUUCAGACCCAAGUCAAUCAAUAUCAGGGAUUCUUGAAGCAGAUUCCACCAAUUUAUAGCGCUAUCAAGAUCGAUGGCAUCAAGCUGUACGACUAUGCACGAAGUGGUAGGGAACUCCCACGAGAAUUGGAAAGCCGUGAUGUCCAAGUUACAGAGUGCACCCUUCUCGAUUUUUACGAGGCUGGACAGCAUGACUUCAGAUAUCCCGCCGAAGAAGCCUCCGAAGAAGAGAAGUUGACUGCAAGCAAACUCAUGAAAGGAGCCGAAGCAACCAAAAAGUUACUUGCGGAGCGCACGCCCAUGCCAAAGCCCUUCGAAAAUGACAAAGCUAAACACAACGACAUGCCUCGAGAUCAAAAAGCAGCACUGCAUACGCAUCCGUUGCCGACGCAAGAAGCAAAACCAGCACAAGCACCAGCGGCCCGGGUUCGCCUGGAAGUCAGCAGUGGCUUCUAUGUUCGCUCUUUUGUACACGACCUCGGUAUUAGUUGUGGAUCCUUUGCCACGAUGGCAGCCUUGAGUAGAAGCCAUCAAGCGCAGUACACCAUCGCCGACCCCGCCCCUGAAGGAUUAACCACCGCCUUGACCAUGGAUGACAUAUCCGCGGGCGAGGAUGUCUGGGGACCAAAAAUCACGGCUAUGCUUGAACAGUGGAUAGAAUCCCACCCAGCAAGCCAAAGUGAAGAGAAUGGGAGUCUUCAGAAGCAUUUCGACGGCAGGAGAGAUUCAGCGAGCAAUCGGUACAGCGGACACAGGUCGAAGAGGAGUUGGGAUACCGGAGGCAGAGACCAUGAUUCCAAGCGAUCAAAGCGGCGAAAUAGUUCUUCGCCGGAGGCGUGA